AUGAAAAAGGAUCAAUAGUAACGUUUAUACAGUGUACUCUUAAAGACCAUGACAUGGGCAAGAGACUCUCAUGGUCUCUUCGACUAUGAGUCCAAGAACAUCCAAAAAAAGAACAUCCGAGCCAACUGUUCAGGCAAGCUAAUCCGAAUCAGCAAUGAAGUCCAAUUUUUAAGCGAAAAAAUCGACACAAACCAUGUUGACGACCGUUCAAAUUUGGCCCACAUUUCUUUGGCCAAAGGACAAUACUCCAUCUCCCCAUUUGACGAAAAUCAGCCUUUAUGGCUCGCUUUAAGAGUUACGAAAUCAAAUGAAGACUCGAAAUGCUACAACCUCAAUGAAGGGUCCAUUAUUAAACUUGGCCGUGUUAAAUUCAAAAUCAGUGCUCUCCACACCUCAAGUUUCGAGCCUUUAACCUUCAUACAGGGCAGCUCAGAAAAUUUUUUACCUGAAGAAAGCGUCUGCAGAAUAUGCCUCUGCGAUUCAAAUGACCAAGAAAAUCCUCUUAUCAGCCCUUGCAUUUGUAAAGGCACAAUGAAACAUAUACACGUCCAAUGUCUCCAAAAAUGGGUCUCAUCUAAAUUUUCUACCAAAACUGGGCCGAAUUCUGAGAUUUUUUGUUGAAAAUCUAUGGACUGUGAACUUUGUAAAAGUCCUUACCCAGCAAGUGUCCAGGUGGGGAGAAGGGUUUAUGCAAUUUUUACAUCUGGGGAUAUACAAACCCCUUAUUGUAUGAUAGAAUCUAUGUCUAGGGACAGCAAUAACCAUAGGAUGCUUUAUUUGGUAUCUUUUAAAAAUAAAUGCUCAAUUACAAUGGGGAGAGGUCAUGACUCUGAUUUGAGGGUUUCUGAUAUUUCGGUGUCGAGGAUGCAUGCUAUGAUUAGGUAUGUGAAUGGGAAAUUCAUUUUGGAGGACAAUUCAAGCAAAUUUGGAACAUUAGUGAUGCUACAGGAACCGAAAAAAGUGGAAGCAGAGGAUGAAUUUGUGAUGCAGAUAGGAAGGACUGUUUUUGAAGUUUCCAUUAAAAGUGGAAUAAGGGGAGAUGCGUCUAUUGAUGAAGAUUUCUAA